CAUCUGUAAGUGUGAAACAUCCCGCAGUAGCGCGCGGGAUUCUCCACGCGCAUCCAACCAGAUACAAUAACACACAAAACCAUCACAAACAAAAGAGAGUAUAGUUUAACAUUCAAGGAGCAUGUAAGGUCAGAGCGAGGAGUCUCGAGGCGGUCUUCCGUUAUUUUUGUUGCAGGCGCUCAGCCGUGCGUCUUUCUUCAGCGCGGAGCCUCUGAUCGGCGCUACGGGGAGGACACACUUCCCCUCUCCCGCAUUUCUACCUUUAUCUCCCCGCUCCAUCCACGGACAUCCGUCAGCAGCACCCGAAGAGCGGGGGUCUCGUAUCCUCUGUAUAGGACCAUUGGAUUUAGGUUGGGGACAGAGGGAGGGGGUCUUCACCAUGGAUUCUGACUUUUUAAACACUUAAAAUCCUACACUUUUAGAAAGCCUGUGUUUAAUUAGUUAGUCGCGUGCUUCGGUUAAGGUGUUAUCUUUUCCGAUUCUUCUUUACAAAACGGGAUGGUUCCAGUGCAACACUGCGUGGGGUGAGAGUGUCUUGAAAGACUGGGAAGAAACGCAAAGGGAAGGGGAGAGAAAUAGAGAUCGAGGGAUUAUGGCUCUCGUCGCGCUGUAUCUCUUUAUUCUGACGCUCACUUGUACGAACUUUGACCUGAUGAAUGCGGCUAGGCACGCGGUACACUGGAACAGCUCAAACAUACUACUUCGUAAGGAGGGCUACACAUUGCAGGUGAAUGUGAACGACUAUCUGGAUAUUUACUGUCCUCACUACAACAGUAGUCAGAGGGGCGUGGUUGAGCAGUAUGUGCUCUACAUGGUCAGUUAUCGUGGCUACCGCACGUGUGACCCACAGCUGGGCUUCAAACGCUGGGAGUGUAACCGCCCCCACGCACCCCAUGCACCAAUCAAAUUCUCUGAAAAAUUCCAGCGCUACAGCGCCUUCUCGCUUGGCUACGAGUUCCAUGUUGGCCAGGAAUAUUAUUACAUCUCCACGCCCACUCACCACCAUGGCCGCAGCUGCCUGAGACUGAGAGUGUAUGUGUGCUGCUCAACAGCAUCUGAUUCAGAUGAGGAGACCCAGCCCACAGAGCCAGACUACACUCUAAGACCUAACAUCAAAAUGGAUGACCUCGAUGACUAUGAUAAUCAUGAGGUUACCAAACUGGAGAAGAGCAUCAGUGGUAGCAGUCCAUCCAGGGAUCGCCUUCUCUUGACCAUUGCGUCAAUUUUCUUCAUUGCCCUCUUCGUAUCCUAGCAUCCAACUCCUAACUGUCGCCACACCAACGAGGCCUUGGGGGAAGGAAGGGUCCAGGGCCAGCAGGUUUGCGAAUAAAAACAGGGGAGAAAGCUGGAACACUUCAAAAGCAAUGGUAGUCAAAGAAAAGGAGACGGAACACUUGUUUGGAAUGAUGCUACAGCAGCUUGCUGAGUGUCAAGCACCAGCCCACAAUUCAACAGUGCUAUUCAUGUCUUACAAAAACACAAACAAUACUAUUACAGAUUUCAAUACAAUAAUGAGAACUGUGCCAUUUGGGUUACAAUAGUGGGGAUGUACUUUAUGCGUGCAUGUGUGUUUAGGCGUUUGUGUGGGUUUGCUGGUGCCUUCGGUGCUUGGGGCGGGGCACAUCUUUCCUUCACUCUGAAGGUUUGAUCGCUCCAUUAUCUGUGGAUUGGCAGGUUAAAAGUUUAAGAGCUUCUCAGAUUCUGUUUGAUGAGAACUGAUACCAAGAUGUUGUUAACAGUUUAGAAGCUCAGAUUACUCUUUAGCUAAACUCGGCAGAAAAACAAAGCCACUUUUCAUUUAAUGUACUUCCAAAAGUAUUUGUUUCUCUCUCUCUCUCUGGGUUACUGUUACUACAGAGAUGUACAAACCACUGGAUGAUCAUGUAAUUGCUGUCAGGGAUGGAACAACGAUAUUCAUUUGAUGAGUUUAAACAAGUCUGUAAUAGUAACAGAACUCGAUUCUAAAUCAACUAAAAAAGAAAACAAGUCACACUGUUUUUGACUUGUGCACUGUCAAGGCUACAAUUUAUAAAGCAUUAAAAUCCAGUUACAACUGAUUCUUAUUUGAACCUAGUGUGUUCGCACAUAAAGGUAGGGCCAGUAAAAGGUGAUUUGUUCUUUGAUGCAGAAAAUUGAGAGAGCGAAGUGAUUUUGCAAACACAAGCGCCAACGCAGACGCAUUAAACCCAUCAAGACAAACAGAAGCCAAAUAGCUUUUAUUGUUUUGUUUCCUUCUGCCUUUUGAUAAAAGGUGCUUGCUUGAGUGAGUGAGCGAGCAUGUGUGUGCAUGUAAGUGUGUGUGCAUUAGCUCAGUGAUGCUGGAAUAAUCUCCUCUGGACAUUCUGUGGAUUUAAAGACUAAUACCUUAAACUGGAGAUACUCUGGACAACACAAACAGAGACACUGUACAUAAAAUACAUGCAUUUAUUUAUGUUUGGAACAAAUGGACAUUGUGGACGGCCUUAUGUCCACUCAUUAGUUUGGACAAUGCUGAUUCUCGCUGGAUUCAGAGAACUCUGAGAUGCCAAACCAACUUCGGCUGGUUCAUUCCAGUUCAAACCAGUUCCACUUGUCGCUGCUUGCAUCAGACUUCUUUUGGUGGUGAUCAGCAAGACCAAAUGAAAAUUGAGGGGUCCAGUUUCUAAGGCAACAGUUAUUCAGUGGUGGUUUUCUAUAAUGCCACACACACCUAAAGGUACUAGGAGUUCAGCUGGAAAUCAGAAAGAGUAAUACAAACAAACAAGUGCUUUAGGCCAGGUAGUUAUUGUGUUCUUAUGAUCUUUUCAAUGGAUAAACGGCAGCAAAUAUCAUUUUACGACAAGGUCCCAAAUUAAGACUCUAACAUUUUUUUUACAUAGUAAGCACCUUAUCACGAUGAUAACAAAACCCUUCCACAGCCCAUGAUAGCAACCAGUGCUGCUUUUUGCCCUAGAACUGAACACAUGCAAAUAAAUACUGCUUAAACUAGCAAUGGAAUGUGAUUUAGGAAAAGUGAUGUAUGGUAGAGGAUUUUUUUUAACAUAGAGUCAUAAUGGAAGUUUAAUGUUUUUAUAUGGACACCUUCUCUCUCACACCUGCAGGCUGUCUCUAACAUACUGACAUAUAUGAAGCCGUUUAUUGUAUCGUUCUGCUUUUGCUCUGCAAAUAAUUUCAAUUCAUGUCUGCUUUAUAUUCCAUUAUAUGGUUGCUGUGGUAGCACUGUUCUAGAGCAACUUCAGAACAAAUAAUGGAACACUAACUUGAAUGCUCAGAAUGAUGUGAUGUAAGUAUUUAUACAUUUUAUUUGUUUCUUGACUUUCAUGUUGUCUUUAAAGGUGUUGGGUUGAGGUAGCUUUUGUGUUUAGAAGGGUUUUCUCAUUGAGUUUGGCUUUUUUAGGGGUUGUUAAUAUUUUGAUGGCAUAAUGUAAUAUUUCAGAAGAGUUGAUCAGGUAAAUGGAAGGAAAAGUAUCACUCUUAAAAUGUGCACUUACAAAAACUUGGACACGAGAAUAAUGUGUGUGUGUGUGUGUGUGUGUGUGUGGGAGUGAGUGAGAGAUUGCAACUGUUAGAAGUUGUCAUUUGUAUUAAAACUAGCCUAAAUAUCUGUUUUCUCUUUUAAGUGUGUGUGAGAGAAUGAGAGAUAAUACUAUAGAUAGAGGGCGGUGUGUGCGUGUGUGUGUGCGCAUAUGUUUGAGUAUUGUUUCUAUUGUUUAGUCUGAGCAUAUUCUGUGUGAAUGUGUGAGCGGGUGUGAGGAACUAUUGUUUUGGGGGAAAAAACUAAAACAUUUAUUAGUGUUGGAAACAACCAAUUACAAUCAUGUUUACCUUCAACUGGAAUGAAAUAAAAGAUCCUGAAAAAAUAAACUGUAAACUGAAGAAAAAAAUAACAAAGCUUAUAAUAAUAAUCAUGAAACAAAACAUUGUGCCUUUGAUUCAGAUUUGUUACAGACACAAUGACGUUAAUUAUGCACUCAUAUGUUUGUGUUAGAUAUUGGAAAAUCCAUCUGAAUGUGCUCAGUCUCUGAUUAAACCAAUAAGUGUACACAAAACACACACGCACGCUGCAGUGCAGGGUGCUUGCUGCCAUACACAUCAACAUAUGCACUCAUCUGCUGUUCUUAUAAUUUAGUUCAGGUCUACUCUGCCCCACUACUAUCAUAAAAACCAUACUUUACAAAUUUUUCUCACUCUCCAUGUGUCAUUUUUGCUCUCCAUCUUCCGUGCACUCUUUCAAAUCUAUUAAAGUAGCGUAGAAAAUCUUCACGCAGUGUGUGAGUAUCAAGCAGCCCGAAGAUGAAAGGAUGACUAUCAGAGGUCUAACUGAUCCUGGGAGUCCUUAUCUAAUUAUUUCAACUCAACACCACGUAAAGAUAUUUCUACAUAUCAAACGGCAUUAAGGCAUAUGGGGCUUGCAAUGUCACUUUUAAAAAAUGAUAUAUAUCCAAUUCGUUUUUACGUUUUGAGCAAACUUUGGGCUCUAUCUCAGGCGUACAUGCACAGAUAACUUUGUAAUUGCAUUUAGUUAAGUCAGAAGUGUUAAAGGCACAGUUAACUCAAAAAAAAAAAAAAAAAAAAAAAAUAAAUAAAUUCUGUCAUUAUUUACUCACCUUGAAGGGAUAGUUCACCCAAAAGUGAAAAUUCUCUCAUUAUUUACUCACCCACAUGGCAUCCCAGCUGUGUAUGACUUUCUUUCUUCUGCUAAACACAAAUUUUAGAAUUUAGAGUUCAAUGCAAGUGAAUGGUGGCCAGAAUUUUACCACUCACCAAUAGUAUUUUGACACCGUCAUGUUGCCAGAUUUGAACAAGUUUGCAGGCAAACAACACUGCGUGCUGCGUGCAUGAAAGCCAGCAAAUGAACUGGAUCAGAAAUAACAGAUUCCACCCGACCUAAAAAGCCUCGCCAUCCAUCUAAAAACCACCAUGACCAGAGGCGUAGUAAAACAAGGAUAAAUAUUGGAGAUACCUUUGGAAGAUGGAGACGGUUAAUUUGCGUGUCAACAUUCUGGCAACCCGCAUGAGCUUCAAGUCUGGACAGACAUGGCAGACAACUCUCCAAUAUUUUGAAUUUGGACUGCAGUACCCAUUUCAAAUGCUUGUUGUCAAUCUUACAUAUAGCAC